CCGCCCGCGGCCGGCGGAGCCGCGGGAGCAGCGUGGGGCCGCGGGCAGCGGCGGGAGGCGGCGGCGGUCCCGGUAUCGGAGCGGAGCGGGCAGCAGCAGCGCCGGAGCGGGCAGCGGCAUGUCCUGAGGCGGCAGUGGCGGCGGCGCGGAGCCGGGCCCCACCACGGAGGGGUCGGUGGAGCAACGGGCCAAAGGCCGGGCCCCCAUGAAGGAGAAGGAGGUGGGGGCGGAGCGGGGCAAGCCCGCCACUUACACCGGGGACAAGAAGGCGCGCAUGGCGGCCAAGACCAACAAGAAGUGGGUGCGCCUGGCCACCGUGCUGGCCUACGUCCUGUCCGUCUCGCUGGCCGCCAUCGUCCUCGCCGUCUACUACAGCCUCAUCUGGCAGCCGGUGCGCGGCGGCGGCUCCGGCCCCGGCCCCGCCGCCGCCACCCCCUCGCAGCCCCGCGCGGCGCCGCCGGCCCCCGCGUUCAGCCGGCCCCCCGGCUCGCCGCCCGCCGGCCCCACGCAGGAGGCUCCGUCACCGCCGCGGACGGGCCCCGAGCCCGGCCUCGUCGAGACCGACCGCCCGGACGUGUCGCCGCCGCCGCCCGGGGCCGAGGCGGGCACGGCCGCGCUGCGCCGGGUGCGCGGGAGCCGCUGAGGCGGCCGGCAGCGCGCAGCCCCCGCCCGGGGGGGAAGGCCGGCCCGGCGGACUGCGGGGGGCGGCCGCGGUCCAGCCCCGGCGCCGGGCGGAGCGGGAUGCGGCGGCCGGGCCCGGCGGAGGAUGGCGGGCGGAGCGGCUGCCCCCGCGGCGAUCGCCCGCUCGUCGCUCCGCGCCGGCCGCAGGGGAGGCGGCACCGCGGGCCCCGGCGUCACCGAGCCCCGAAGAGCUCGGGCUGGAGACUCACCCGGCGCGGGGGUCGGCGGGGGAAGGAAGCGUUUCCACUUGGUAGAACUGUGGUAUCUUCUUUUCCUCAAAAGGGAAUUUUGUGUCUUCGUUUUCUUCCUCACCAGGGCUAGCUUCUCCCUUUGAACCUGCAUUGAAUUCCUGCGCUAUUUAUGCCAGUCUAUUACCUAUAAAAGGAUAUCGGUGUCCAAAAUUCCUCACUAUUUACAGGAUCAGCUGGGAACAAUAUGAAUUUAGAGGCUGUACUCCAUUGUUUAAGUAAAACCAGUUUUGUUUAACAAUGAGCAUAAACUUAUUUAAAAACAUGUGAAAGGUAAAUUGACUUGUUUACUAUAUUAAAAUAUUUUCCCAAUAUGAAA